CUGCAUUCCUCACCAUUCCUCACCCGCGACCCUGCUUGGAACUCGUCGAGGGCUGUUGCUGAAAGGGCGUCAGAGGUGCAGCAGCUCAGAGAGGGGGUGUGUUAAAGUGUGGUUUUGCUCUUAAAUUCUGAGAACCAAAUGCAGAGAGAGGAACUGAAGGUCCCUCUUUACUGAUAGCAAAAGUUCGUCCCAAUCACAAGUCGCAAAAUUACAAGCUCAGCAGCACUGAAGCAGCCGCUGGCAGGAUCAAGAGGCAUCAUGAAUUCAACUGAAGAAAAUGAAGAAUAUCCUGUCUAUGAUCUCUUCAACUAUGACAUCCAAACCAAAGCAACAACUGCAGAUUCACCAACCUGCAGCGAUGCAACUUGUAUAUUCAUGACAACAGUCCUUGUGAUCAUCUUCAUCCUGGGUUCUGCUGGAAACGCUGUGGUGAUCUGGAUCGCUGGGUUUAAGCUGAAGAAAUCGGUCAACACCACCUGGUACCUGAGUCUGGCUGUGUCCGACUUCCUGUUCUGCUUUUCCCUGCCCUUCACUGUUGUCUACACAGUCAGAGAAGACUGGAUCUUUGGACCCUUCAUGUGCAAAUUAAUUUCCUUCAUCAUGUUCCUCAAUAUGUUCAGCAGCAUCUUCCUCCUGGUCAUCAUCAGUGUGGACCGCUGUGUAGCUGUUAUAUUUCCAGUGUGGGCUCAGAAUCACCGCACCAUCAGAAAGGCCUCUGUGAUCGUCACGCUGGUCUGGAUCAUCUCGGCAGGAAUCAGCACACCAUCACUCAUCAUCCGUGCUGUUCAGCCUAAACACGGAAUGCAAACGCAAGUCUGUUUUAAUGAUUAUAAGAAUGACCAAGACCAUAUCUCUAUAGUGGUGUGUCGGUGUGUUUUUGGAUUUGUGAUCCCGUUACUUAUUAUUUUUGCCUGUUACGUCGUCAUCAUAGGAAAGCUGAAGAUCAACCAAUCUGCAAAGUCCAAAAAGCCCUUCAAGAUCAUGACGGCACUGAUCAUUACUUUCUUCAUCUGCUGGAUACCUUUUCACAUUUUUGCUUUGAUGGAACUAAACCAGGAGAAAUAUGAAAGUAUUCUUCAUGUUGGACAAGUGAUUGGUGUCACUUUAGCCAGCGCCAACAGCUGUCUGAACCCGUUUCUGUAUGCGUUCAUGGGGAAGGACUUUAAGAGGAAAUGUUCCGCUCUUCUUUCAAAGAUUGAGAAUGCAAUCGAUGAGGACGGCAGGAGCACAAUGCGAGGAACCUCCAUCACCACCUCUGGAGACAGAAGAUUUUCAACUGCUGUUUGAAGUUUUCAGGGACUAUCAAAAAGGAAACAACAUCAAAAUUAUACAACUAUAUACCCAAAAAGAACAGUAAUAAAGAAGAACCACUUACCAGUAUCAGUGUAUGUAGCUUAGAUUCUUGCAAAAGUGCCACAAUAGGGCGCCUAUUGGUCCAGCGUUUGAAUCGUUUAAAUCCCGGUCAUAUAGCUUGCCGUCAGCUGCCGGAGCUUAGAGAGCACAACUGGUCUUGCUCUCUCUGGGUGGGUACAGUAGAUGCCGCUCUCUCCCCUCAUCACUCCUAGGAUGAUGUUGAUCAGCACAUCUGUGAGCUGAUGUAUUGGGACCGACUUCCUCUGAGAGUGCUGGCUACUCUGCAAUCCUAAAUCAACAGUAGUUCAAUUGCUAAAGGUCUAGUUAAAUUGGGAGAAAAAUUUAAGUGAUAAAAAUAUGUAUUUAAAAAAAGGCACAAUAGAAAAACAUGUUUUCAGUUUUUUAUCUUUGAACAAAACCAAAGCCACUUUUACUCUUAGACAAAAGUAGGUACAGUGUGGUACAGACUAAGGCACUGUUUGAAUUGUUGGAUGAUUGUUGGUUUGAAUCCUAGCUCUCUCUGGGUGGGUAGAUGACGCUCUCUCCCCACAUCCCUCCCAUUGUGAUGUUGGUCAGCACAGGCAUCUUUUGGCUGUGUAUCAGAGCCGGGGACCUGGUGCUUUUCUUCGAGUUAGCUGAUUGCAAAGUAAUGCUACAUCACUACAAGUUUGAAAAGAAGUGAUGGUUGGCUUAACAUAUACUAUAUUGCUAAAAGUACGUGCUCGUCUGGCUUGAGUGGCAAAUCAUUCUUAACCCAUAGUGUUUAUUAAGAUAUUGGCCCAAACAUUGGAGCUAUAACAGCUUCAACUCUCCUGGGAAGACUUUCCACAUAUUUUUGGAGUAUGUUUUUAAGAUUUUUUGACAAUUCUUUCAGAAGGGCAUUUGUGUUCCUGCAUGAAAUUGGCAGCAUGAAAUUGUCCAAAAUCUUUUAGCAUGCUGAAGCAAUGUCUGAAAAAACAACCCAACACCAUAAUAAUAAUUAUCCCCCCUCCACCAAACUAUACAUUUGGCACAAUGCAGUCAGAGAGGUAGAGUUCUCCUCCUGGCAACUGCCCAACCCAGACUUGUCUAUCAGAUUGCCAGAUGGAGAAGCGUGAUUUGUUACUUCAGAGAACCACUAUGUCUCCAUGUUUCUAGUGCUGAGUCCAGUGGCUGAUUUACAUCACUGCAUCUGACACAAAGUUUUACCCAAGUGUUGGGGGCAUUGCUAGUGAUAGUGGGGGCUCAUAUAGAUGGAGAGUGGGCCAUUGGCCUUCCAAGUUGGUUAAAAAAUAAGAAAGUUCAGGAUAUGUUGAAAACUUCCCAAAGCUGUAUUACACAAAGCCGUGUUACACAAGUUGUUAAACCCUUCCACAGUCAAAACAAUGCUUUGUUUUGUCUAGAACUAACGCAUGCUUGGGCAUGUUGUGUAGAUAUGCACAAAUAUGUGAAGUCCUUUGCACUCCUGUCCUUUUCAGUAAUAUUUUUAUUUAAAUAUAUACAUGUAUACAAACAGAAUUUGUACUAUGGUGACACACCAUUGGUCACCCUCUAGACAUAUUUUUACAACUGCAAUUUUGUUAAAGUGUGCUUCUCAAGACCCCUAGCAGUGCAACCUAUCUGAUCCAA